AUGAAGUUCCUUCAAGUCGCUAUCCCUCUUGUGACUUUCUUCGCACUUCCCACCUUGGCCGCUCCUCAACAAGUCGCCAAAGCGGACAAGCGCGAACAGCCAGGGGCCGUCUUGGACUGCGUCAAGGAUAAAUGUGGGGAGACCAGCGAUCCAGGAUACUUCCAGUGCCUCGCCGACUGCCUCAAGGCCCACGGAUGA